AGACGUAAUGAAUGAAUUUUUGAUAAUUAUUUUAUCUUUUUUUUUUCAUUUCGUGGAAUUGUCUGAAGAAAGCAAAGAAUAGAAAACUCAGUAAAGAAAUUUAGGUUACAACAUACAACUUCUGUUUAAUUUUGAUGUCAUUUAUUGAUUCAGUUAUUGAAGUACUUGAUUUUUGAAAAAUCGACGAUGAUACAUUUUCUCGAAAAAAUUCAGUAAACUCGGUUGAUUUUCAUCAGAAACACUCGAGAAAUGGAAAACAGUAAUUCCUUCAAAAUUUCAAACACUUCAGCUGGCGAUAAGGAAAGCACAAUGCACUCCUCGCUACAACAGUAUUACCACAACGUAAUGGAGAACACGAAGCUCAGCUCAAUUAAAAUUGAUAGAGCAGCAAGAUUUCUCCUUUUGCCGGAAAUUGCCAAUCUGACGGGUGAUCAUACGAAAGCUAUGUUCCUUUUGUCGAAAGGAUUAACGCAUGAUGAAGUAUCAGAAGCAUUUAAAUUAUAUUACCGCGAACAAAAGGGAGCAUUAGUUAAGACAAUUUUUCAGCCCGAUGUCGCGGAGUUGGCAUUGAAUAAUGUUAGUCAAACCGAUAAUAAUUCUUUAGCUUGUGUUUCAAGGAAACACCCGAAUGAUACCCCGAGUGGUCUCUCCAUCUUUUUCAAUUUAUGCCAAAGAGUGAUGGUUUUGGCAGGAAUCUCCACUGCAUUUUAUUAUUUAUAUCAAAACACCUUGUUGCAGAAAUGGCGUGCAGAUAAAGCUAAGGAAAACAAAACUAAAAAAGAACAUAAACGUAUUGAAGAAGAAUUGAAUCAGAUAAAAUCAGAAUUACAAAAAAUUACUGCCGAAUUGAAAUUGCAACAGUUGACUGGAAAAACAAAUGCCAAUCUUGCAGCUGAAAUCAAUUCUCUAAAAGCAAUUUUAGUUAGCAGGCAACAUUUCGAAGAAUUGCAAAAUAAAAAAGUUUCUUUACCAUCGUGGCAGCUAAAUGCAUCGAAGGCUUCUAACUCUCCGGAAAUAAAUGCAAUCAAUAAUACCGAUGUCAUUGUCAGCAAUGGCGGAUCCGAAUGUACUCCAUCACCUUGUGAUUCAUCGCCAAUAGUCCAAGAAAAAUCAAAUGAAUCAAUUAAAAUUGAAUCUAACGAAAAAAAUACUCCCAAUGAUAUUCAGAUUAGUAUGAAUGGAAGUACCGAGGGUGAAGAAAAAAUAGUAAUUAGUAAUGUUAGUAGCGAUAGUGUUUCUGACACGAUCCCUAAAACGAAAAAAACCAACACCAAAAACAACAAAAAUUCGAAAUCAAAAGUAGGGCUAAACGACAAGGAGAAUGGAAAAACAUUGAAGCAAAAUGGUGUCGUGAGAAUUAAUUCUGAUUGAAAAUUUGCAAACUCAGUAAUUGAUUGAAAAUGAAAAUUAAUGCGGGUUGAUGUUACGUUGUGUGUAUGCUACUAUGUAUUUUUUUAUUUUGAUUUUGCCAAUUGUUUUGAACAAAAUAAUUCAUUUUUUAAUUACGUUAAUUUUAAUGAUUUCUGAAAAAGAAAAGUCAGUCGUCAACAUUAAGGAAAUAAUAUUGUUCAUUGAUCGUUUGAUUCAUUCUAUUUUAUUCGUUUUUUAUAUGGUUGUAUUUUUUAGAAUUUUUAUGAUUUUAAAAAUUUGUUUUCAUGAUCCUCGUGUGCUAUGAUUUGAAAAUAUUGUACAUUGGUUCUGAAUCAUGAUUUAUUUCAACGAUAUCGUUAUGCGUACAUGAAAGGCAUUAUUGCAGACGUGCUGACUUGCCGUCUGUUGUUUGGUAUUAUUGCAUUAUUAUAAUUAUGUAUUUUGUCUACUGUUCACUUUUUUAUGAAUAUAUUGUAUUGGAAGUGGUUA